AUGGCAGGCAGAAUCCUGGAUAAUGAAUUUGACAAUUAUUCCUACAUAGUUGGAAUAGAUUUUGGAACCACAUUCUCUGGAUGCUCUUACAUAUACAUUAAAAGCAGUAUCAACGAAAUAUUUGACAUAACUGACUGGCCGAAACGUAGUGGAUACAUUUAUCCCAAGGUUCCUACUGUGCUGUUUUAUGAACAAAACAGCAAAAAUCUCAUUGCGUGGGGGUAUGAUGCUAUUCAGAGAGCAAAGCGCCCAGAUACUAUGGGUGUUUUGAUCGACAAGUUUAAGCUACAUUUAGAUCAUAGCCAGACAUACCCCGCACUUCCAAAUGGGUUAACUGUUCUUGAAGUAAUAACCGACUAUCUUCGUGAAUUUAAUCUAUACAUACAUACUUGCUUGAAAGAUAAACUCGGCGUAAUCUACAAUUCUUCAAACUUCAAAUAUUGUCUCACAGUUCCAGCUAUAUGGGACGAUCAAGCUAAAGCUAUCAUGCGGGAAGCAGCAGUCCUUGCUGGAAUUGUUGACCGUAGCGAUAAUCCAGAUCGUCUUAUACUUACUAGCGAGCCAGAAGCAGCUUCUUUAUAUUGCGAAAAAAAAUCGGGCCAAUUCAACCUUAAACAUGGACAACGUUUUAUGAUCUGUGAUGCUGGUGGCGGCACUUUAGACUUGAUUGUAUUUGAAAUCGAUACCUCUUCUGGUGACGCAUCUCUUCGCGAAGUUACAAAAGGCUCAGGAAGUACAUGUGGAUCGACUUUCUUGGACAGGAAUAUGCGAGAUCUGAUCAUAAAACGGUUUGGCACUUAUGCUGACGGCAACAAAGAGAUUAUUGAUAACUUAAUUGAUCAUUUUGUUGCUUCAACCAAGCCUCAAUUUGAUGAUGAAGAUGAUGAAUUUUUUACUAUUCCAAUCUCAUUGGGCCUAAACGAGGAAAUUUUGGCUAAUAUUGGAGUAGCUGACGGAAGACUUCAAGUCACGGUUGAUGAACUUCGCGAGGAUGUAUUUGAGCCGGUUGUAAAACAAGUUUUGGAUUUGAUAUCUGAUCAAAUAAACCAGUCUCGAACACAGAUUGAUGCUAUAUUUCUGGUCGGUGGGUUUGGCCAAUCCAGAUAUCUAGGCAGGCGUGUUAAAGAGAUUUUUAAACCCAAAGUUGGAUCAAUAUAUGUACCGAGUCGCGGUGAAAUGGCAGUGGUUCGCGGUGCAGUUAUGUUCGGAAUGGAUCCCAAUAAAGUUACGCACAGAAUAUUACGGCGUACAUAUGGGCUCAGAUGUGGUUCUAUAUUUGAUGCCCUUAGGGAUCCACCAGAGAAAAAAUAUAUAGACUAUGAUGGUGUUACACGCUGUCAUGAUCGUUUUAGUAUAUUCGCCACCAAAGGAGAAUCCAUGGCCGUUAACAAAUGCGUUUCUAACGAAUACUUUGUAUUUUAUCCCGGCCCUUUUAAUUCAGAUUUGUUUGCUUACGAUUUUGAUGGAAGUUCUCCAAGGUACACUACUGAUUUAGGUGUUCGUAAGGUAGCUAAGUUCUCUAAAGAACUUUCUAUAUUUACUAAUGUCAAACUGGGGGAUAAAAUAUUCUUUACAACAAACAUGUACUUUGGAAAAACUGAGAUUAUGAUUGAGACUUUAAUCAGGGGUGAAAAGUUUACUUAUACUUCAAGUUUUGCUUCUCAUGAACUUGAAAAAACCUCUAGUUAA